AUGCAAAAGUAAUAAGUUGAAUAAGUGGAGGAAGAUGAAUUUGAGGAUGCAAUUACUUAUACAUCUUUAGAAAAGUUAGCAAUUCCAGGGUUUGGAGCAGUAGAUAUUCAAAGAUUAAAAGAUGCAGGAUUUACAACAUGUGAAUCAAUAGCAUACACAGCAAAAAAGAAUUUAAUGAAUAUAAAAGGAAUGACAGAUGCUAAGAUUGAAAAAUUAGUUGAGGCUGUAGCUAAAUUAGUAGUGAACUAAUUUAAACCAGCUACAGAUGUUUUAAAAUAAAGAGAAAGAAUAGUACAUAUUUCAACAGGGAGUACAAAAUUUGAUAAGUUACUUAGAGGAGGUAUAGAAACAGGUGGGAUUACAGAGAUAUUUGGUGAAUUUAGAACAGGAAAGUCACAGAUUUGUCAUACAUUAGCAGUAACAUGCUAAAUGAAUGAUGCAAAAGGAAGACCAGGUGGAAAAUGUUUAUAUAUUGAUACAGAGGGUACAUUUAGACCAGAAAGAUUGAGUGAGAUAGCAAAGAGAUUUGAAUUGGGAAUAGAAGAGGUCUUAGAAAAUGUUUCUUUUGCUAGGGCUUAUAAUGUUGAUGAAUAAAUGAAGUUACUAGUACAGGCAUGCAAUUUGAUGUCAUCAGAUAAAUAUGCAUUAUUAAUAGUGGAUAGUGCAACUGCCUUAUAUAGAACUGAUUAUUUGGGUAGAGGAGAAUUAUCAGCUAGAUAAAAUCACUUAGGAAAGUUUCUAAGAAAUUUAUAGAGAUUAGCAGAUGAAGUUUAAAUUUUAAUUAAGUAUUUAGUUCAAUAUUGCAGUGGUAAUAACUAACCAAGUGAUGAGUUAAGUUGAAGGUACAAUGAUGGCCAUGGGUGAUAUGAAGAAACCAAUAGGUGGCAAUAUCAUAGCACAUGCAUCUACAACUAGACUUUAUUUAAGAAAAGGAAGAGGAGAGAAUAGAAUUGUAAAAAUUUAUGAUUCUCCGUGUUUACCUGAAUCAGAAGAGUAAUACACUAUUUCACCUGGAGGAAUUGAUGAUUGUGCUGAUUGAAG